GAGCAGUGGAGUUUCAUAGAUUCAUAAGUGGUAUUAGUUUCUAAAAAAUUGUGAAUGUUUGUCAACUGGAAUAUUGAAUGGAAAAUAUUUUCACAACGAAAUAAAUAAUGUUCGCGCUACCCCAAGUGGACCAAUGCUUUUGCUUAGAUCAUUACACCGAAUGCGUGGCUCAGAAUCAUUUUCUGACCCAAAGAUUAUUGAAUCCUUAUUUUUCGCAGCUCUGGUUGCCGUUUCCCAUUAAGAUAACUCAACCUCGUCCGGAGAAACCGCCUUAUUCUUACAUCGCUCUCAUUGCCAUGGCCAUAUCAUCGUCACCAAAGCAAAGACUCACACUUAGUGGAAUUUAUAGAUUCAUAAUGGACAAUUUUCCUUACUAUCGAGAAAACAAGCAAGGCUGGCAGAAUUCUAUAAGACAUAAUCUGAGUUUAAAUGACUGUUUUGUGAAAGUGCCCAGAGAUAAGGUGUCACCUGGGGGUUGUGAAACGUCCGGAGGCGGCGGCGCGGGAGGAAAAGGCAGUUAUUGGAUGUUAGAUCCCAAAGCUGCUAACAUGUUUGAAAAGGGAAAUUAUAGGAGAAGGAAAACGAGACGGCAGAGAAUCGCAGAAUGCUCGACAAAUUUAUAUCAGGAACAAGCCAUAUCUCUAAUCACUAAACCUUAUAUAACAUCACAAAUUGAUCAGAAUGAUGGAGAAUUACCGAAAAGAAACAAGAACACUAGUUUGUUUACCAUAGAAAAUUUAAUAAAACAUAAUAAUUCAUAGAUGAACUGGAAUUAACUUUUUUUUAUUGUAACUAGAAAGUUCGUAGGCUGUUUUUUAGUAUAAUCAAAUUUUAUUCUAGUUUGUCAACAAAAUAAGUCGCCGGAGAUUGAAUCUGGAGACUACGAUGGAUGCUGAAUCAAUUCGAAUUUCAUUUCAUACAAUUUUGUCAUCGUGUCCAUUGGAUUUUGAUACGAAGUUGAACGGAUAUUUAUUCUUGCAGCCGUUUUUUUAUAGUUUCGUUCUUAAAACUCUCCAAUAUCUUUACGUAAUAGUCGAUGUUUCCCAUUUCAAAACUUGUCGAUCAAUAUUAUACCAUACGCAUUCAAAAUUAAUGAUGCCAUUACCUUGCUAGCAGACUUUUUCGUCUUUGGAAACCGUUCAUCGCUCUCCUGACUGUCGAAUAGACUCCAGUGUGAAAUAAUGUUUUAGCAAUUAUUGCAAAACGCAAAUAUUUUGGUUUAUUACAUGAAUUUAUUGUUUUUGGUUUAUUGUCAUCUCGCGCGGCAUCUACUUAAAACAGAGCUUUCCUAUAUCCAAAUAAUCAUCCAAGAUUUGUCCAACACGUUCCUUUAAUACCAUUAGGAUCGCAGCUACCUAAAUCAGCUUCACGUCACCAUUAUUUGGAGUCCGAAUAAUGUUUAUCAAGCUAAGCAUUUGCUUUAAUAGUGUUUUUUUUUGGUUUAUCAACAUACGAUAUUUAAUCUAUUUUUUAAAACUGAUAGUUGUUUUACUCAAACUAAUUUAACUCACAAGUAAUUGUACGAUAGCUGUCAAAUUGAUAGAUCGUUGUUUUGAAGGCUUGGACUAUUUAAAAACUAGUAGCUAGCGCCACAUAUCUGUCAGCCUACGAACUUUUGAGCACGCCUUAUAAAUAAUUUUUACUAAAUUGUGAUUAUUGUCUGUUUUGUUUUAUUUAUUUCAAUUAUUUACUUAAUAUGUACUUUCAUUUAUUAGGAAACGUUUAAAUGUUUCUAAUAUAAGGUCUGUAUAAAAUAAUUUCUACUAUAUCUGUUGUAGUAUUAUAAAGAAUUAAAUACAUACGUUUUUAUACUAAA